AUGGCACCAGACAAGAAAGCCAAUAAGAGAAAGGCUGCGGCCGCCGGAGCCAGCGACUCUCCCGCGAAAAAGACCAAGAAAGUCGAGUCUCAACCCAGCGAAGCGCCCAAAGCUGUUCCCAAGUCCGCUCUGAAGAACAAGCAGAAUGCUCCCGCAGCCAAGGAAACCAAGUCUGAUGCUGCGCCCAAGACCAAUGGCGAGAAGGAGCAGCCGAAGAGACAGAUUAAGCCUCGCAAGCGCGCCGCCGAUUUCCUGAGCAGUGACGAGGAGGAUGAGUUUGAGGUGAAGGAGACUGAGCCCGAGAAAAAGAAGCCUACCAACAAGAAUACUAAGAAGGAGGAGAAGGAGGAUGCUCCUGCUAAGAAGGAAGCUCCCAAGGUUGGGAAGGCUAGCACAAAAUCCUCGAAGAAACGGAAGGAGCCUUCUCCCGAGAAAUCUGAGGAAGAUGAGGCUGACGACAAUGCUUCUGCUUCUGAGGGUAGCGAUGAUGAGGGCGAGGAUGACCAGACGGCUGCUCUUAUCCGUGGCUUUGAGAGUAGCGGCGACGAAGACGCAUCUGACGAUGAAGGAUUCGAUCCCAAACAGCCCGUUCCUAACAUCCCCGACUCGAAGAAGGCGAAGCGCAAGAUCUUGAAGAAGCAGAAGAAGGCUGCUGAGGAAGGUGAAAACCAGACUCCCGGUACCGUUUACAUUGGACGCAUUCCCCACGGUUUCUACGAAUAUCAGAUGCGUGCCUACUUCUCGCAAUUCGGCGAAAUCACCCGUUUGCGUCUUUCUCGCAACCGUAUUACUGGUCGCUCAAAGCAUUACGCUUUCGUUGAAUUCGCCUCGUCCGCAGUCGCCAAAAUCGCCGCAGAGACCAUGGAUAACUAUCUGAUGUUCGGGCACAUCCUGAAGUGCAAAUACAUCCCCUCCGAACAGCUGCACCCCGACAUCUGGAAGGGCGCCAACCGCCGCUUCAAGAAGACUCCGUGGAACAAGAUCGAGAAGAAGCGUUUGGACAAGGGCAAGACUCGUGAGCAGUGGACGGACCGCAUCGAGAAGGAGCAGAAAAAACGUCUUGCCAAAGCUGAGAAGCUCAAGGCUGUCGGCUACGAGUUCGAACUGCCUGAGCUGAUGGAUGUGGACCACGUUCCAGUUCAGGAGGAGCCCAAGGCGAUUGAGGACUCGACGCCUGCUGAGGAGCCCGUGAAGGCCAUUGAGGAAUCAAAGGAGACCGAGACCGAGACCAAGGAGAAUGGUACCCAGAAGAAGUCCAAGAAAGAGAAGAAGGCGGCUCAGCCUGCUGCCGAAAAGGAGACACCCAAGAAGACUAAGGAGAUGAAGGAGUCGAAGAAGGCUGAACCCGCUGCCGCUAAGACCGGAGCAAAGGCGAAGAAGGCCGACAAAAAGAAGGCCAAGCCCAAGGCAUAA